AUGACAUACGAACAAGUCAGUCACUUUGACGCAUACCAGCACUCGUACCCAUACGGCCAGCUCUUUUCCUCCAGACUCUCAUGCUCUGGUAUGGGCCGGUCGACUGAUGCAAACGGCCUGGAUCCUUUGCCGCGCUCCGUCGGCCCCGAGGUAGAGCGACAGGCCGUUGGGGUCGCCUUCCGUCCACUCAACAUCCUCAUCGUCGGCGCCGGCAUCGCCGGGCCUGCCGUCGCUUUCUGGCUCGCCCGUCUAGGGCACUCCUGUACCGUCGUUGAACGUGCGCCGGGUUUGCGAACCGGCGGACAGCAGAUCGACUUGCGCGACCAGGGUAUCGACGCCGCACGGCGCAUGGGCAUCUUGGAAGAGGUGCGCAGGUGCGGCGUCGACGAGCGGGGCGCGCUGUUCGUCGACGCCUCUGGCCAGCCGCGCGCCUUCAUUCCCCGGAGCCCGCCCGGUCAGACGCAGACGAUCUCGAGUGAGUUCCAGCUCAUGCGUGGGUCGCUAUGCCGCCUGCUCUUCGAGGCGAGUGCGCGACAGAAAGGCCGUGUCGUCUACCGCUUCGGCGUUGUUGUGGAGUCCUUCGAUGACCGGCCGACGGGCGUCCGGGUUGGCCUCUCGGACGGCUCCGUCGCCACCUACGACCUGCUCGUCGGCGCCGACGGGCUCGGCUCGGGCAUUCGAAAGCGCAUGCUCGCGCAGCAUGGCAUCGAGGACGAGUAUCGCUCCACCGGUGCCUUUUGCUGCUACUUUGGUCUGCGACGUCGACGAGGGCCGACGCCAGCCGGGCACGGAUCGUCCGAUGCCCCGCUCCGGUGCAAAUCCGGGCGCGAGACCGGGCCCCAGUCCGGCUCCAUCGGCGCCGGGUGGAGCUCCGAUGCCGCCGCCAACGUCGCGACCAUCUGCCACAUGCCGCGGGCGCGCUUCGCCAUGACGCGCUGGCACACGGCCACCCGCGGUCAAGCCUACCUCUUCACCAUGGCGCACGCGACUCAGAUGCGAGCGGCCCUCGGCUCGGCCGACACGGGUCGCAAGAAGGCUGCAUUCGCCCGAGCCUUCGCCGACGGCGCCUGGCAGGUACCGCACCUGCUGCGCACCAUGCACGCCGCCGCCGACGACGACUUCCACGCUGCCGAGCUCGUCCAGGCGACGGCCGGUUGCUGGGCCCGCGGCCGGGUCGUCCUCCUCGGCGAUGCCGGCUACGCGCCCUCGCCCUUCUCCGCCAUGGGCACCAGCCUCGCCCUCGUGGGCGCCUACGUGCUCGCCGGCGAGAUAGCUCGACGGCCGACUGACCUCCCCGCCGCCGCCGUGGCCUACGCCGAGAACUUGCGUCCUCUUGUCGACGGCGUCCAGCACCUACCGCCCGGCGUGCCGGAUAUUGGCUUCCCUGCCACCGAUGCCGCCGUUCGUCGCUUUCACCUGCUCGUCUGGCUGCUGAGCCUCGUCCUCCGCCUCGUCCUUGCCCUGCGCGUAGAUCUGGCCAUGGCCGCACUGCGGAGGGUCGUGCCGGGCGGGCGGAAAGGAGCCUGGCUCUUGCCCGACUAUCCUGAGCUCGAUCAAGUCGAGCCAUGGAAGAGGAGAGGGGAUGGCACGAAGACAUAG